AUGAAUGGUGGCAACUUGAAGAAAAAAUGUGUGCUUAAGGAUGAUAACUCUUUGAAAUGGUUAAAUCUUCCUCCGGAAAUAUGGUUAGUUAUUAUAUCCAAAAAUCUAAACAAUACAUUUGAUGUUAUUCGAUUUCGCAGUGUUUGUAGUUUAUGGAGAUCUCUUUUUCCUCCUACGUUUUUGUCUUCCUCUUGCACAUGUCGCAUUCCAGAUGGUAAAUUUUUGCUAUUCAUCCAAACUAAAAUAUAUCGGCUAGAAUCCUCGUGUUCGUCUAAUAAAGGGUGGAUUAUAAAGGUUGAAGAAUCAAAAUCGGGGAAAUUUCGUCAUUUAGAUGUUUUGACGAAUACUCUCAUCUCACAUAAAUAUCCGUUUAAUGUGCUAGAUUUGACGAACAUACGAGUUAAAGAAUUGUGUCAUGCAUAUACUAUCAAUUUUUCUAAAGAUGGAGGUGAUUUGAUUAAAUUCGAGCCUCUUAAUGAAGUUUUUAAAGUAGUGUUGUUUCCUGUGGAGGGUUUAGGUCAAAUGGUGUUUGCCCUACAUAAAGAUAGAAAAUUGCGUGUUUCUAAUAUUGGAUAUAACAAUUUGAUUAUAGUGGAUGAUGGGAGUAGAGUUUAUGAUGAUAUUGUUUUUCAUAUGGGGAAGAUUUAUGUUGUGGAUAAUAACGGAAUUGUUUUUUGGAUCGAUUGUUCAUCUUUUAAGUUGGUUCAAUGUUCACCGUCUUUAAAUUGUGAUACUUUAAAGAAAAAGAAUUUGAUAGCAUCAAAUGGAAGUCUCUUUAUAGUAGAAUUGUAUUUGAAAAGAACUACAGUGAAUACUUGGAAAUUACACAUUGAUGUCAAUGUUUUAAGAGUUGGUGAAAAAUCAAGUGAAUGGAUUUGUGUAAGAGACUUGGGCGAUGCUUUGUUUGUUUUGGGUAAAGACACAAACUUUUCAUUGUUAGCUAAAGAUUAUCAUGGAUUUGAAGGGAAUUGCAUCUACUUCAUGUGUAAAGGAAAGACUUCUUGUUACAACUUGAAGACUUCAAGACUUAAGAUUGUUGAUGACAUAUUUGGACCUUAUCCCACUUUGUUCAAGAAGAUGCAUGAAACUAUGAAUUGUGAUAUAAAGAAGAAGCAAUUAGUAGAGUGUGAUGGAAGUCUCUAUGUGAUUGAUUUGUUUAUUAAUGAUAAAAAGUAUUACAAUGGUUAUUUCUCUAAAGAUGUUUUUGUGGAAGUUUAUAAGCUUGAUCAAGAAUGGGGUAAAUGGUUAGAUGUUAAAGAUUUGGGUGAUGUUUCAUUUGUUUUAGGAAAAGACUCGGCGCAUGUUUGGUUUGGCUUUUGA